AUGGAGAUGGGUGAAGACUAUAUCGACAUGGAUUACACUCCACCCCUCUCAUCGCGCUCGGAUAGCCGAGCGAGAAGAGUGCAGCAGAACCCCCAGGAGAUCAUGAGGGAAUUUUGGAAUCAGUUCAGUACCAAGUACCCCGGUAAGGUCUACACUGUUCUGCCUGACAAUCCGUAUGCUCGCUCCAAAGCGGCGAGUAUACGGAGGGGCACGAUCAAAGGUCAGAAUGCGGGGAAGUCCUACGAGCAAGCCAGACAAGAGUGCGAACUGGCUGUCGAGCGCAUCGUGAAAGAGUGCAGGCGGGUGAAUCAGAAAUAUACCGAUCCACAUUUUGAUAUUGAGGUCGACCUCAAAUCUGGACGGAGGGAUUGCUUGGAUUCGCUCGAUCACAAGAAUCAUGAAAUGCGCCCGAAAGGGGUCAAAAGAGUCACUGAAAUCUUCGAGAAUCCGCAAUUCUUCGUCAAUGGACCAACUGCGUCGGAUGUGCGCCAAGGCCGCGAUGGCGAUUGUUGGUUUAUGGCCGCUCUCUGCACGAUGGGCAACAAGCAUGGUUUGAUAGAGAAGAUCUGUGUUGCACGGGAUGAGAACGUCGGAGUUUACGGCUUCAUCUUCUACAGAGACGGGGAAUGGCAAAAGUGCAUUGUGGACGACAAGCUGUAUCUUCGUGCAGCCGACUACGACGAGUCCGUUGAUGAGAGACCCAUUUGGGAUGACAUCAACCGCAGUGACACCGAAGAGGAGUAUCGCAAAGUCUGGMAGACAGGCUCACGGGCGCUCUACUUUGCCCAGUGUGUGGAUCCAAACGAGACAUGGCUGCCUUUGCUGGAGAAAGCCUAUGCCAAGGCACAUGGUGAUUUUUCCUCAAUCGAGGGCGGGUUCGUAGGGGAGGCACUCGAGGACCUGACAGGAGGUGUCACGUCAGAUAUCCUGACCAGCAACAUCCUGGACAAGGACCGAUUCUGGAAGGAAGAGCUUAUGAAAGUCAAUGAUGAAUUUUUGUUCGGCUGCGGUACGGGACUGUUUUCCAACUGGCUAGAUCCUAAAUACCAAGGGCCUCCAAGAGAUAGAAAGGGAAUUUCCGAAAAUCAUUCAUACUCAAUCAUGGAUGCGAGGGAGGUCGACGGUCGUCGCCUGCUGCGAUUGAGGAACCCGUGGGGUAAGAAAGAAUGGAACGGUGCAUGGAGUGACGGAUCAGAGCAAUGGACACCAGAGUGGAUGCAGAAAUUGGAUCACAAGUUCGGAAAUGAUGGUUUCUUUUGGAUUUCCUACGAGGAUCUCCUCAAAAAGUAUCAACAUCUUGAUCGCACCCGUCUCUUCGGGCCUGAGUGGACAGUCACCCAGCAAUGGACCAUUCUCAAUGUGCCAUGGUCAGCGGACUAUCACAGCACGAAGUUCAGGCUGGAUGUGAUAACCGCCGGCCCUGUCGUCAUCGUCCUCUCUCAGCUGGAUACGCGGUAUUUCAGGGGCCUUGACGGUGAAUAUGACUUUGUCCUGAAGUUCAGAGUGCAGAAGGAGGGAKAAGAAGAAUACAUCGUCCGCAGCCAUAGCAGCUACCUUAUCAACCGAUCAGUGAGCGCCGAGGUCGAUCUCGAUCCUGGCCGAUAUCAUGUGCUCGUGAAGGUCACUGCCUACAGAAAAGACGGCGUCGAGGCCGCAGAAGAGGUCGUCAGCCGCCUGGCGUCAGUCAAGCGGGAGAAGCUCGUUCAGAUUGGUCUCUCGUAUGAUCUCGCGCACGCCAAGGGUCUGGUCGUAGAGACAGAGCAGGAGAAGCAAGCGCGCGAAGAGCGUGAGCUGCGUCGCAGAAAACUUGAGAGACGAAAGCUGCGCGAAGAAACCAAGAGGAAGCUUCAAAAGGAGUGGAUCCGAGGACGCAAGAUGGCUGCACGGAAAGAGCGGGCCGCAGAGAGACGUGUCGCAAUGAGCAAUGGCAGCCUCAACCAAAAGCAACCUGACAAGCGGGCCACCGAGCAGGUCUUUCCCGAUGGUCCUGUGCAAUCUCCCGCAGACUUGGCAGGCGCUGCUACAAAUGGUUUUGAUACCAAGCCGGUGCAGAACAGCAGCGUUCCCACGAUCAAUCUCCCAGAGGACCACCAUUCGAAACAUGUGAGGCAACGAAACAGGGAGAGCCUCCGCUCGAGUCUGGACACCACUUUCUCCAUGACCCAUUCAAUAUACUACAGCGAACAAGAGCUGCUGGAAGGAUUUGAGUUUGACUCGGAUCUCGACAUGCCCCCUGAGGAGCAUGAGGAGACAAAGGUCCCGCCUGCCUCGUCUACCUGCUGUCCUGGAGCCAGUAGCGAUCCAUGGAAUGCAGUCUGCGUGGUGGGAUUGCGGGUUUAUUCGAAAGACCAGCAUCUGUCUCUCGCUGUCGUUCGGCCUGUGCCGGAGGACGACGUCGAAGCAUCUCUUGACAUGGACGAUCCGGCCGCUAGCGCCACUCUGGCGAAGAGCAAGUCCAGUCGAAUGCUCAGCAAUCAUUGA